GAUGUAAAGGCUAUUUUGAAAAGUUGCCCCCUCUCUCUUUCUCACUCUCUCUUGCGCGCACAGCUGCUCGAAAACCAUGACAGAAGAUGACGGAUACGGUUGUCGCAGAGGGACAAGUCAAGUUUAGAGAUGGAAAAAAGUGGAAGACACGUUGGGUUGUUCUUCAGAAGCCCUCCCCGGUCGCAGACUGUUUGACUUUACUCGUGUGUAAAGAGAAGAGGAAAGGGAAAAGCAGCGGAAACAAGGAGAGGCUCAAUGUAACGCUGGAGGGGAUUUGUGGUGUGGAGCCAGGGCCCGGGUAUGACGGCGUACCCUACACUCUCUCCAUCCUCUGCCUGACAAGAACUCUUAUCUUGGGUUUUAAAAACAGAGACGCCCUGCUGGCCUGGGACGCCCGGAUCCGCUACAGCCUGGGUGAAGUCCACAGGUUCUUUGUCGGCGUUGAACCGGGCACCAAACUGGAAAGUGGGCCGGCCACCCUUCAUCUGUGCAACAACCUGUUGGUGCUCAGCAGAGGCCUGCCUCCGGGUGUAAUCGGCCACUGGAAGCUGUCGGCGCUGCGUCGAUACGGCGCCGUUCCCAAUGGCUUUGUGUUUGAGGGAGGGACUCGCUGCGGAUUCUGGGCUGGUGUUUUCUUCCUUUCCUGCUCAGAAGGGGAGCAGAUAAGUUUCUUAUUCGACUGCAUCGUCAGAGGAAUCGCCCCCAGCCGGGCGCUGCAUGGCGUACCACCUGACCAGCCAGACCCAGAUGCGGACCCUGCCUCUGCAGAGAAACGCAUCAGCCAGGAGACCUCCGAGCUGGAGAAGAGGCUCAGCAUGUUGUCUCAGUACAGUCUGGCCAGCAGCUCGUCCUCCACCUACAGCUGCAGCACCUCCGUAGCCGGGGACGACCGCAGCUUCUCCAGCUCCUCCUCCAGCCAGUCGGACGCCAGCUACGGCAGCAGGUUCCCCUUUUGGGUGGAGCAGUCGGUCCGAUCGCACCUUUCCAGCGAGGCGGCGUCGAGCUCCUCCACGCUGACGGCCUUGACCCGCUCAGACGACGGACUGCACGGCGCUGCGAGGGAGGGCUCGGCGGGCCGUCGGUUGUCGGUGCAACGCCAGCCCUGGGGGCUCCACGACCGCGACCGGCAGAGCUCCUUGGACAGCGGCAUCGGAAUAGCGGCAGGCAGCCAUUCGUCCUACUCUGGGAGCUAUUCCUCGUGCAACGGGAGUCUGGACAUGGCCAGUCAAGGAGGAGGAGAGGAUAAUGAGUCCGGGGCCAGCCCCUCUGCUCCUCUCCAUCCCCCGUCUUCGCCUCCACCUGCUCCUCCUCCUCCAACGCCCCCAUCAUCCCCUUUAGAGCCCACGAUCACCCUGGAGCCCCGCUGCCCCUCCAGAUGUGCCCCCCAAACGCCUCGCAGGCACAGUGAGGAGUACCAGAUCCCCAGCCUGCUCCGGCGGUGGUACGACACCCCCAGGAGUCUCCUUCAGGCCCUGACGCUGCGGGAACCCCCCGCUCAGAAAGCCCCCCAAGACCUGGGCAGCAAGACCGGCACGGGUGGAGGCGGAGGCGGAGGCGGAGGUCAGGAGCCGACGUUGAUGAGAGGCCCCAGAAAGCCGAGGGCUCAGCGUCAGUGGAUGAUGCAGCGCUCGCUCUCCUGGGGCAGCGAGAGGGCCCCGCCCACGGACAGCGAGGAGAGGACCACGCCCACGGACAGCGAGGAGAGGACCCCGCCCAGGGCUCAGGGGGCCUCAGGCUGCCCGGCCCCCGCAGAGGCACAGAGUCGUGGCCCUUCAUUAACAGAUCUUUCUCCUCCGUUUUCUACCAAAACGCAAGACUCCUGUGUCAGAGAGAAACUGGGGGACAGGGACGAUGUUGCUGCCCUUAAAGGUCUGAGAAAGAUGUGCUGUUCACCACCCUCAGUCCCCCCUCCACCUCCUCCUCCUCCUCUAACACUUGGUACGACCGCAGCAUGUGCUCUGUUCAAGUCCAUCCUAAAGUCUCAUCCGUCUCCAUCCAGUGGCUUUCAUAGAGACUAUGGCGGUAACUACGUUAACAUCCCCAAUACAGCCCUCCAGGCUACAGAGCUGCUGUACUCGAAACUGAACCUGCACGGCCCAGCUCACGAGUCCAGUCCAAACAGAGACGUCCCGCAGCUCUACAGACACAAGGAUGACUCCAUCAGGUACGCCCACCUCGACAUCGCUGCCAUGGAAACGGCUCACAGAGUGGGGGCGGAGCAUGUUCAGGGCAGAGAGGACAGGCUGACUCAGCUGGAGAGCAGGUGGCGAGGGCCACAGAACUGACUCCGCGACGCCCAACUCUCCGAGCAGCACUUCAGAGCGCUUUCCCACUGCAGCUUCCUCCCUCCAGCCACUCUGGACAUCUCAAUAAGCUGGAAGGCCCGCGCGCAGCCGGCCGUAGCCAUCGCUGCGGCACUUAAACACGCCCACAGGUUCGCCAGCGCGCAGUCAUCUGCACACGCAAUCCAUUCCACUCAAGUAAGAAAAGGUGUGGGAGGUCUUUAUGCUGCUGUCAUCUUUUAGAGUGUAACUGUUUUUUUUUUUUAAAUUAGUGUUUGGCAGGAAUUUGGCUGCAUGGCACUUAUGAUUGUUGAGGGGGAAAAAAAAAAAAUAAAAUCUGGGUUUUGCUUUUCUUUUUACGCGAUCUCGCCACGAGAUCAAGCCCUCCACGCUGCAGUGAAACCAACAAUCGACUGUAAAGAGUCCCGACUCGCAGAGCCAUCAUUCCACAUCAGAGCGGGGAAGCGCUCGAUUGAAAUAAGCGGCUCAGAGUUAGAUCCCCGGUGCAAAUGACAUUAAUCCGAGCCCAUGUGGGCCGAGCAGGACACAGCUGAGUAAUCAGCCGGUCGCCGACAUUAUUCAUCGCAGCAAUCGAUGCUGCUUCUGCUGCAGCGGCUCUCCGAGGGCGGCACUGAAGCAGGGAAGCGUACCAUUUGGGUUUUCAGCCACUCUCCUUUCUAACGUCAUGGGAUAAUUGUUUGAUAUUUGACAAAACAAAUGAUUUUGUACACCUUCUGUUUUCUACUUGAUGUCUCAAGAUGAAGAGAAAACAAGCAAAUGAGUCAUGAGAAUGUGUCCGUAUAGCGACUUUACCUUGUUAAUGUCCCAAACACACACUGUUUUCCUUCAGCAGGACUUGUAAAUAUUAACGGCUUCUCUUUAUUUAUCCCCAGCUUUCUACAUAGAAUAUAUAUUUUUAAAACCUUACUUGUGUAUAUUGUUGGCUUUUUCCUCUUCAUGAACAUUAAAGAUUGUGAUUUUA